CCACCAUCGCCGCUACCAACCCCCAGACCCCGCCCCCAGGCCCACAAGCGCACCACUGGCGCGCGCAAUUUUCAAAUUUACCGCCAAACGCGCCCACAACCGUACUCACGGAACCCAAGCAGAUUUUGUAUGGAAUUAAUCAGGAAACCCACUCAACUUGUCAUUUGCGGAUCUAGUUUUGAUCGCAGCGCCUCGGGAAAAAGCCCAAAAUUAAGCGGAUACUACCAGCUAUAGCCUCGAUCAGUCUCUGAACCGAUCCGAACAAAGGUAUUCAAGUUAUAGGCAAAAAUGUCUGCAACCGAUUUGGCGCAAGAAGAAGCAAGCGGCAAUUUCUAGCCAUCGAACGGACGGCAAGCUCAGUCUUGUACGAACCGUCGACGGGAGCACAUAUCGGUGAAACUAAAUAGUUCCGGAAAACCUCAAAGAAACCAAUUCAAAUAUGUCGGCUGCUACGGAACAACAGAACAACGGCGAUGUGGCCGUGGAGAAGGUGGCGGCAGAUGAUGUGUCUGCUGUCAAGGACGAUCUCAAGGCGAAGGCGGCCGCCGAGGAUAAGGCCGCUGCUGCCGAUGCCGCCGGCGACGCGGCCGACAACGGUACGUCAAAGGACGGCGAGGAUGCCGCCGAUGCCGCCGCCGCUGCCCCCGCAAAGGAAUCCGUGAAAGGCACCAAGAGGCCAGCAGAAGCCAAAUCCGCAGAAUCAAAGAAGGCCAAGAAGGCCGCGGCCGCCGAUGGAGAUUCCGAUGAGGAAGAGGCUCUGGAGGAAAUCAUCGAGGGCGACAGUGAAAUCGAGAGCGACGAGUACGACAUCCCCUACGAUGGUGAGGAGGAUGACAUUGAAUGUGAUGAUGAUGAUGAUGAUAAUGAUGACGGUUCCGGCUCGGACGAUCAGGCGUAAUAAUAAUGUAGUCAAAAAUACAAACAAAAACAAACAAAAAUUUAAAUUAAUAAUAAAUAAAAGUUACAAGCAAAAACAAAACAAAAAAAAUAUAAUAAUAAACCAACAAGCAGAAAAUAAACCACAACAAGGAGAAAAUGAGGAGGAGGAGGAGAAAAAAACCACAAAAAAAUCGCAAAAGUAUAUAAUUUUUAUGUUUAAGAAAUAAUUUUUUAUUUCUUACCUUAUUUUAAUUGUAUUUUAUGUGUACUUUUUUUAUAAAAAACUACAAAACAAACAAAAAUUGUAAUUGAAGGCAUUUUCGUAUAAACGCAACCUAUACGGAAUCCAACAAAAAGUAAACAUCCCCACUAUAUACAAGAACAAAACAAAACCAAAAUCUUUCUUUCCUUUAUCUCAUAAGUCCUAAUUUAAACGCCCAGUUGAUGCGUAAACCAAGAUAUACAAAGAUUUCAAAUGUAGCGUAAACGAAGCCCGCGAAUUAAACACAGAUACACUACACUCACACACACACACGAUAUUCAAAUUCAUUAUUAAAUUAGACGUUACAUUUGUGAAUGAAUGAUCGAUCGAAAGAAGCAAAAAUACAAAAGUGAACAUUUGAAAAUGAACAUGAUUAUGAACAUGAAAAAGAAACAGCAAAUGCAAUUAAAUACAAAACAAAUAAAACAUAAAAAUUGUAUUUAAAUAAAUCGCAAAAAUCAUUGAAACCCCAUACUCGACAAGCAUUCAAUGACACUCAAGUUUUAGCUAUGGUUUCAAAAAUUUCGCGCCCAUUGUGGCCACAGUCACCCGAAUUUCCCAAACCCAAGGCACUGGGACUUAGUUGGUCUUCGCUUUUGGGGCAAAUACAAAAAAAAAAAACAAAAAAAAAUGAAAGGAAAACAUCGGGAAGUUUGAGUUCUAACCUUCUGUUUCGUUUCAGCAUUUAACUAUAAACUAUGACUAAUCUUAAGUACUUAUGUCAGUAUUAAAGCGAGGGCUUUAUUAUUCUGUUGAUAAGUUGUGCGAGCGAGUCGUUGAUAAGCCUAAUUCAUUUGUAAAUUGUAAAAACCAACUCGAGAAUCGAAAAACGAGCAAGAAAAUAAACUUUUAAUGUUACAUGUAUCUAAUUAGUAAGGGCAUCCAAACUAUUUAUACACACACCCCGUACGACGAGUUCUCAAUAUAAACAUAUAACGACUGAUAUUUCAAAACGAAUCGUGCCCAGCUGGUCAAUCACGGCACUCGACACCGAAACCACCCAACCACCACCAUCCUCGAAUCUAAACGAUUUGUCCCGGAAAGACAGACCAGCCCAACAUACACACACAAUCCACCCACUGACCCAGAUCCAAACUCCAAGAGGCUUAAAGCUGGUAAUGCCAACCAGCAACUGAAUAAUUGAGUGCAAUUAAACCAAUAUGCCCAAGAUAAAUCAUCCGAUUUGAUAACUGAUAAACAAUAGCGAUAUCACAGACAAUGUUAAAGAACUAUGCAUUUUUGUAAAUACCAAUUACUCAUGUAUCUGCUCCGUGCGAGAAUAACAUCUAGUAGCGCGAAAGGGCAAAAAGAGAAAAGAACCACGAAUCGAAAACGAGAAUAAGAAACAAUUUUGAACGAUGAAAUAAAUUAUUGUAAUUACGU